CCUCUAAAUCAAGAUGCGCAGCAGAAACAGCAAAAGGAAUCCAAAAUUUGGUGAAUGGAAAUUUCCUGGUCAAUGGGGAGCAAAUACAGCUUCCGGGGCUUCCAUUCCCAAGCCACCAUUUAUGGGAGAUGAUGAAUGCCAAAGAAAAACGCGAUUAUAACGUAGAGGUUACGCUACAUAAGCGCCAAUCUGAUGGGUCAAUAUUCUCGAUCCUCAAAUUUAACCACAUGCAUUUCCUUUUACAUGAAGAAGAUGCAUUUUUGUUCAAAGAGAAUGAGAUCGAGGCAAAGCUUGUUUCCGAUCACUUCAAACUUUGCCAUGAAAAACUGCCUCUCAGAGUUGCAUUCAACAGCAAAAUGGUAGGAUCUGACGAUCCUAUCAUUGCAUUCCAAAGCAAUUAUAAUAAUCAAGAUGAGACUGUGCGUCUUUUUGAUCGAGACGGAUUCGAGUAUGGAGAGGUUUCUGACGGAAACAUUCUGGAAUUGAAAAACCCGGCAAAAUUCAUAGGCGAGUUAUCUUCUUCGGAUUCUCGUCGUUUUCACAUAAAUUCGUUCUGCUCUUUCUCUUUGGAAGAUCAAUCACUACUUGAUGCGUUUUUGACUCGUGGGGUGCUUUUUAACUUUGCAAUGGAUUCGCACAUUUUCACGCUAGAAAAUGAGGCUCAAUCCUUUUAUUUCUUCAAUAGUUACAAUGGCCCAGCAAAGGACUUUUACGUUAUGAAGAAGGAAAGUGACGAGUAUUUUGCAGUUAUCAAGGGUGAGAAAUUCAAGAUUCACCCUCCUGCUGGGAUCGAAGGAAAUUUCCUCGUCUCCUCAAACUUGCCAUUUCUAUUUGUGUCCGUUGAAAAGUCUUUUCAAAUUAUCAUUCCAGUAUCUCUGCCACCACCGGGUGGUUCAUACAACUUUACUUUUGUCAAGGCCACAUGUAAGGAUGAUCAUUUCAACAUUGAAGGCCAUGAUCGAGAGAUCGACCUUGCCAUCGUCUAUUGGCUUGUCUUUUUAAGAUAUUAUGACCGGGCUAUGCAAUACGUUUCCUUGUACACGAGUGUUUCGUUCAAACUCACUGAGCUUGAAUUGGUUAUUUUGCGAAAUAUUCUCGAAAUCAAAUAUCGUGAUCUCGAAUACCUCGUGAUAGAAGCCUGGGCAAACCAUCUCCUUGAUGAGAAUAGCAUCUUUUUUAAGGGCUUUUUGAAUCAACAAGAUAAGAUCAAAAAGAUUACAUACAUUGCGAACUUGAUUCCCGUUAUCCCAUUCAAAUAUAAAAGGCUCCUUUUUUCUUUCCUUCCUGACAUCAAUGAAGAUAAAUAUCUUUGGGCAUAUUCUAACAAGCUUGAAAUCGGCUCUAGUCGUGGAAAGUCGUCAAAAUUGCAACCAAAUAUCCCCAUACUCAUGGAGACUACCAACGAUGCUCACUAUAAACGGUCUCUCGAUCUUUUUUCCAAAGUACAGCCGAAACACUGGAAUGAAUUUGACUAUUUUGAUUUCCCAAGUUUUCUCUCUUUUAUAAAUCACCUAGCUCAAUCAUCCAAAGAUUUAACCGAUU